AUGGCCUGCUUGUCGGACUUCUGCGAGGCCGGGAGGGGAAAAGCGAGCAGAGUGCAACACUGCAAUGUUUUUUGGCCGGAGGCCCUUCAAACACGGGCGGCCGAGUUGCGGCGGAAAGUACGCGACGAGCAGCAGAAGCAGGCCCCCAACUUCACCUGCUGCCAGUACCAUCUAUGUGUGCCGGGGCAGGAGGUGGCCCACCGCAAAGCCUCCUUGGUGGAGGACGAGGUGGCCCAACUUCGAGCAGAGGCGUUGCAGCUGCAGCUAGCUGCCGACAAGCAGCGACAGGAACGGAAGGCUCAGCGCGAGGCCAAAGUGGAUGUGGUAUCCUUGAAGAAGGAGGUAAAUCGCCGGCAAAAUCAGGUGCUUAUCCUGGCUGAGGAGUUGGCACGUAUGCAGGCUGAUGUUCGCAGUCUUGUAGCCGAAGCGGUGAGACAGGCUGAGAAGGCCGCUUCGGCAAGAGAAGCAGACAUCGAACAGCAAUGGUCCACGCGCGUGGAAGUAGAGCAAGACAAAUUCAGGCACGAGACGGGACGAUCGCGCUUGCGCAGCACCACGGUCCACAACAAAUUCACAAUCCACUGCUUUUCUCCGAGGCAGGCCGAGCAAGCAACGCUGAGCCUGGAGCAGGAGUCCGCAUGCCUUGAGCACGAGAUGCGCGCACUGCCGCCUCGCGCCGCAGCGGUGCAGCUCUUUGCCGUGUUAGAUGAGCUUCGGCACGUUCGACAGGCUGUUCUCCAUGGUAUCUAUUUGUUGCCGCAGCCGGGUGCCGGCAUGGCCAGGGCGGCCAGGGUACAUGCCCAGGUCGCCGAGCGCAUGCAGACGUUCCGGCGUGAAGAGGCGAGACUCUGCGAGAAAGACCAGAAACUCGCACAGCUAGACGACGAGGCAGCCGAGCAGCGCUGCAAGGCUGCUGAGCGCUGGGCUUCCUUCGAGGAGGAAGCCAGGAGAGAAGAGCAGGAGCUCCUCGAGCGCCUGGAGAGGAAUCGAAAGCGUGCGCCGGCCCCUUACACGACUCGACGAUUGAAGCCGAUGAGCGUCUCUCUUCCCGACGCGACAGGGAACGAGCUGAGCGGGAAGCUGCGAGACAUCUCAAGGUUUGGACCGGAGCAAGCUUUGGCUCGUCAGCUUCCGUCCUCGCUGCCCUUAGUGUCGUGCAUGUGCCGGGGCUCUGUGCCCUGCUGGUGUGGGGGGUCUACAUGGGUGUCGUAA